AAUCUCUCUCAUGCAUCAGCAAACGCACGGGCCGCCAGCCCUCGGGCUCACUACAGGUCAGUUGCUUUCGGUCUCUGCGCUCAGGUCGGGAAUAAACAAGGAGCUAAUGCAUCUGGAAUCGUAUUUAUCUGCAAAGCAAGCAUCUGAAGAAGCGAACAGGAGGUGGAGAGAGCAAACAGAGAUGAAGAUUAUGAAGGAGGUCUGUAGCUGCUUUUCAGAUGCUGGACUAUUAUGGUCCAGCUUGAGAACACCAAGUGCAGUUUUCUCUUCUGCCUUGGAAUCUGCAUCCUAAUAUGUUCUGCCAUCUACCUGAACGCCAAAAUACCCAACACCCCCAUUCCAUCAACUGACUUGAGCAGCCAAACCACACCAGCCCCUCAAAGCUGUGACAUUCUUCCACCUGCAACUCCCGGGUUUACAUGGCAGCGAAAAGACUGUAAGAAAAUCAGCUAUGAGACCAAACCGGACGCAAACUGCUCUCUUUUGCAGUCAGAUCUGCACUUUAUUACGGCGCCGCUGAGCAAAGAAGAAGAAGACUUUCCUUUGGCUUUCAUAAUCACCAUCCACAAAGAGCUGGAAACGUUUGUGCGGCUACUGAGAGCCACUUAUGCGCCACAGAAUGUGUACUGCAUUCACAUAGAUGCUAAAGCACUGGAAGAAUACAAGACGAGCGUCCGAAACCUAGCUGGGUGCUUCCCGAACGUCUUUGUGGCGUCCAUUAACGAAAAAGUGACUUACGCUGGCUUUUCCCGUCUGCAGGCUGACAUCAACUGCAUGAAGGACCUAGUGAAGUCUCCUACAAAAUGGAAAAGAGUUAUAAAUCUGUGCGGCCAGGACUUUCCAAUCCAGACCAACCUGGAGCUGGUCCGGUACAUGCAAGGAUCCGAAUGGAAAGACAGGAACAUGACGCCGGGAAUCAGGCAGCCACCCACUAUGAAGCACAGGACUGAUUUUCAGUACAAGGAGGUAAAGGGCACCCAUGUGGCACCAAAAGGCAAGGGUCAAAAGAAGGGACCACCUCCUCACAACCUGACAAUGUACUUCGGGACUGCCUAUUAUUCCUUGACGAGACCGUUUGUGGAGUUCGUCCUCAACGACAAGGUGGCCAAAGACUUGCUGGAGUGGUCUAGAGACACCUUCAGCCCAGAUGAGCAUUACUGGGUGACUCUAAAUCACAUGAAGGAAGCACCUGGCAGUUAUGUAGAAGGCGAAUGGGAAGGUAACGUUCGUGCAAUCAAAUGGAAGGACCAAGAAGGAACAGUACACCAGGGCUGUAAAGGACAAUACAUCAGGGAUAUCUGCGUUUACGGGAUUGGUGACUUACCGUGGCUUAUCGAAAAAGAGAGCAUGUUUGCGAAUAAAUUUGAGACUGCAAACUUCCCAGAAGCCCUGGAUUGUCUAGAACUGUGGCACCGACAUAAAGUUCUCCAGCACGCUACGGUUCCCAUACAACCAUCAUGGCGUCUCACCACAGAAGUCGAAGUCAUCAACAGCACACUCAUUUUAAAACCAGGAGACUGUUUUUGAGCAAACACCCACAAAAUAAGUCACAAUGAAAGUGAAAUAUGUACAGGCUUGUCAACUUCUGCAUGCACUCAAAACCCUGUAUUUUGCAUAUAUAUCUGAGCAAACACUAUUUCCUCUUGACGUCAAAGUACCAUCUCACAUGGACACAGUAGACAUGAAGGAAGAAAUAAUAGAAACAUCACUGGAACAUUUUCUGUUUUACGGUGCAAAUUUGCUGUGUCAAUAUUCAUGCCGCAUGGCAAUGCAGCUUGUGAUGUAUAAAUGUUGAAAACAUGUGAACACUGAUUGUUAUGUGAGUGAUGAGUAAUAUAACUGUUGUACUGUUAAUAGUAAUCGUAAUUUCUAUUUAUUUUUAUUUAUUAACUGCUGCAUAAUGCACUGUUUAAAGUGGAUAAAUAAUAAAGAAUAAAGGCAUAAAAAUCCUUUGUGAAAUCCAAGAUACAACAAAUACUGCUAUUACAAUCAAAGGACACUAUACUGUGAUAUACACAGUAACUGACCAAAAAUAGUGAAAAUAUUGUCAUUUGUGACUUACAGAGCCAAUUGUUAGUCAAGAGUUUAGUGAGCAUCAUUAUGACAUGCCACUGUAAUACUUUCAUAAUGUAAGCCGCAUAUUUUCAAUAUGUAAAUUUGUAUGCAAAUUAUGUACACAUGAACAUCUGCUCAAGUCAAUUUUGUUUCCAACACUGAAUUCAGCACUGUUCAUAUUGUUCAGUUUUUGUGCUUCAUUUUCAGUGCUGUCAACUGCAUUGAAUUGAUAAAAACCCCAGCCCAACACAUUAAGCACUUUCAUUUCCAUUGUGGUCUUAAUAAAUGUGCCUCUUUAGCAACUUGGAUAGAAAAAACAAUUCUCUGCUAACAACAAUGUAAUUUUUUUGACGCUGACAAAAGAACAUAUUAUAGCCAUAAACAUUUACAUCAUGACCACUAAUAGACAAUUAGUCAAACAUAUCACCACAAAAUGGUACUACAGCUGAUGGUAUAUACUGCCAUGUGUCAUC